CCUGUAGCUAAUACCCCUACCCAGCACAAACCACAACUAAGAGAUCGAUGAAGAGCUCCUCUAGUACUCUGGAGUUUCCCCCUUGCCAACAAUCGAAACUCGAUUCUUCUUCUGUGACGAAGAAGAAUCGAGCUUUUAAAUUCACAAUAUUGUCCCUCUUGCUCGUCGGUGUACUUUACAUCUUCAUCGCCACUCCUUCUAGUUUCAAGCCUCCCCUUUCCAGCCCCAGGUCCCAAUGCAAUUGCUCAACCACGCAUAAAAUGGUUAAUUACCAAGAUGAACUCGACAAGGUUUUAGCCGAAACAUCGACAGAAAACAAGACUGUAAUUAUCGCUGUGGUCAAUAAAGCCUAUGUGGAAGGGGACAAGUCGAUGCUUGAUCUAUUCUUGGAUGGUUUUUGGCUCGGCAAUGGUACUCAGGGGUUAAUAAAUCACAUUCUAAUUGUGGCCACCGAUCCAGUAUCCUACAACCGGUGCAAGUUUCUUCGGCUUCAUUGCUACAAGCUUGAAACAGAAGGUUUAGAAUUUGUUCAUGAGGAGAUAUACGGGUCUGGAAAUUAUUUCAAGAUGAUGUGGAGGCGGACUCAGUUUCUUGGGGAUGUUCUCAAGCGUGGAUACAACUUCAUCUUCACGGACACUGAUAUAUUAUGGCUUAGGAACCCAUUUUCCAUUCUGAGCCCAAACGAAACAUUUGACUUUCAAAUCGCCUGCGAUGGUUACCAAGGGAACAAGCCCUGCGCUGUCAACAACGGUUUUUCCAUUGUUAGAUCGAACAACAAGACAAUUUCAUUGUAUGAUACUUGGUAUGAAAAAAGAAAAGUCUACGUCGGAAAGAACGAGCAGGCCGUUGUGGAGUAUCUCAUGAGAGAUGGUUUGUUCAGAGACUUAGAACUCAAUGUUAGGUUUUUGGACACACUUUAUUUUAGUGGCUUUUGUGAAAAUAGUAGAGAUAUUAGGUCUGUGGUGACUGUUCAUGCUAAUUGUUGUAUUACUAUAAGUGCUAAGUUGGCUGAUCUAACGACUGUGAUUCAUGAUUGGGAGAGAGCUAAGAAGUUAUCCACCAAUGAGCUGUCAACAUUUGAAUGGUCAGAGCACAAAGCUUGUAUAAAUUCCACAAAAAAUUGGUAAGUAUGUAUUCAAAAGUUUCAAGAAAUUGUAUGAUCUUUGGAUUUCAUUUAUGAAUUGCAAGAACGACCAAGAUUUGUUAAAA